CGCGUCUCCCGCCCAUCUCUAAUCCUCUGCACUCCCGACGUGACUAUAUAAUACCCAUUCCUCCUUUUCCACUUCCAUCUCACUUCCAACUUUCAUUUAUCCAUUCUCCUCUGCUAAUACAACUUUAAUUUCCAAUGGCUUCGACUAAAGCACUUCUCUUUCAGCUGGCCGUACUCGUUCUCUCGAUGGGUCAAAUCUCCCUAGCAGCGAGGCAACUCGCCGACUCAAGCCAGGACCAGUCUUUCCCCUUUCUGUACCACAACGGAUCCCUGCUCACCGGGAAGGUCGCCGUGAACGUAAUUUGGUACGGGAAGUUCACGCCUUCCCAACGCGCCGUCGUUUCUGAUUUCGUCGCGUCUCUGUCUUCCUCCGGCCCGCGGAAGCUCGCCGCCGUCCAGCCCUCGGUGGCCACGUGGUGGAAGGCCACCGAGAAGUACUACGGCGCGCUCAAGUCCAAGAAAGGGUCUUCCCUGCUCCUCUCAUCGGGGGUUCAGAUCCUUGACGAGGAUUACUCGCUGGGGAAGUCUCUGAAGAACGGAGAUAUUCACAAGCUCGCCGCGCAGGGCGGCCAGAAGAACGCGGUCAACGUCGUUUUGACCGCUUCCGAUGUCAUGGUGGACGGCUUUUGUACGAGCAGGUGCGGGACCCACGGUUCGUCGUUGAGUUCCAAGAUUGCCCCUGCCGGAGGGAAGAACUACAAGUUUGCCUACAUCUGGGUGGGGAACUCCGAGGCUUCGUGCCCCGGGAAGUGCGCGUGGCCCUUCCACCAGCCCAUUUAUGGCCCGCAGGCCCAACCCUUGGUGGCGCCCAAUAACGAUGUGGGCUUGGAUGGGAUCAUCAUCAACUUGGCGAGCCUGUUGGCUGGGACCGUUACGAACCCGUUCGGAACCGGAUUCUUCCAGGGUCCGGCUGACGCGCCGCUUGAAGCCGCCUCGGCUUGUACCGGGGUUUACGGAAGUGGGGCCUACCCUGGCUACGCCGGCAACCUGUUGGUGGACCCUACCACCGGUGCCAGUUUCAAUGCGUUCGGCGUAAAUGGCCGGAAGUAUUUGCUGCCGUCGUUGUUCGAUCCUUCGACCUCAACGUGUUCUACGUUGGUUUAAUGUAGUUUUGUCAAUUUUCACCCAGAACGUUUGGAAAUUAUGAUCACAAAAUAUUCUUUGAUUCAUUUGUUCUUUCUUAUUAACGAUUCAUUUACUCUGACUAUAGUACUGUAUUAAUUAAUAAAUGGUGUUAUAUUUCUUCAAAAAAAAAAUUGAGCCGUAUUAUAAUGGUGUUAUAUUUCUUCAUUUCCAGACUGCCUUUAUUCAGCAACAUUGGAAUACAGAUCUACUAUCUUCCUUAUCUCAUUAAUUUCAACAUUGGAAUAUAUACAUUAUUCAUGUACUUUACUUUAAUUACAUUUUUUGAAAAAUAUUGUUGAAUUCGUCUUAUUACUAAGUUUUA